AUGACAGCAAAACCACACCACACUCGUCCCAACCGCCGUCAUGGUGGCUCUUCCAAGGAUGAGAUCCAGAAUGAACCCGACUGGACGAAGACUCAUAACCAUCGAAUCGGAUUUCGCGAUCACAAUGAUCGGCAUCCGGGGUACACCCAUGUUGGAGAUGAAGGGGAUACGGAGCGACAGCGUGAAUUUCUUGCCCUGGCAAAGAAAGAAGCUGAGGAGCUUAGCACUGAGCUAAAGCAUCGCAAACUGCUGGAUGUCCGCGAGUUCAUGGCGAAACAAGAGGACUAUCAUUUGAGGUUCCCUGAAAAUCAUCCAAAAGGCUGGCGCUAUGUGCUUCAGACUAACGAGGUUUUUAUCAAGUACAAGCAAGACUGGCCAAUCAAUGUGAAAAGGCGAGAGCAAGAGGCCGAAGAGAAAAAGAAGGAAUCUAAGCAGGAAGAUGAUAGUCAACUCCCACAAAAAGAACAUGAAUGGCGACGAGGUCGCGGUGAAAAUGAGACACACCACGAGGCCCACGCAACUGACUCCAAAGACGAGAAAAAUCAAAACGACAGCAACAAGAAGAAGGAUGAACAACAAAGUUUGCAGGACAAGUACUCACCCCAGGAACUUUCUCUACUGCGCCUGCUACAAGCGGAGAGCGACUUGAUGCGAACUAUUCAAGAGAACGAUGGCAAUGCGAAAUCUCCCAUCGAACCAGCAAAGGAACAAGAUAUCUCUAUUGAUGAGGCCGAUCAAUUCACCCCGGACAACUGGAUCCCUCGAUCUACCAAUCUCAUCCGUCUGACAGGCAAGCACCCUCUCAACUGCGAGCCCGAGCUGGCGGCCCUCUUUGACGCGGGCCUCAUCACCCCAAAUCAACUCCAUUACAUUCGCAACCAUGGACCAGUGCCACAUCUUCUGUGGGAAACCCAUAGGAUUGACGUUGGGAACGGUAAACUAGUUCUUUCAAUGGACGAUCUGCAAAAUGAAUUUGAAGCGAUCAACAUUGCAGUGGCGCUGGCCUGUGACGGCAACCGCCGGAAAGAACUGAACAUGAUCAGAAAGUCCAAGGUUUCAACUGGGGCGCUGGCGCCAUUAGUUGUGCAUUUUGGAAAGGUCCUCUCCUCUGGCUUCGAAGAUGAUUGCACUCGAAACGAUGGAGUUCGGCGCUGGGUACAUUUCGAAGGUGCAGAUGAGCUUAGUGAGGGCAAGUAUGCCACGUCUAUCUCACUGGCAUAUGCCAUGGAUCCUGACAACGAUGUGAUCCUGGCCUAUGAAAUGAACAACGUCCCAGUACCGCCCGACCACGGCUACCCAGUGCGAUUGUUGAUUCCUGGGUUCGUUGGGGGCCGUUGUGUCAAAUGGCUUCAUAGGAUUUGGGCCUCCGAGGAGGAGAAUGACAGCCACUAUCAUAUCUGGGACAACCGUGUUCUGCCUGGUUUCGUUCGUGAUAUGGACUCGGAGUUUGCUCAUAUCAUGUUCAACCACCCAAGUACAGCCUGUAACGAGCAAAAUCUAAACUCGAUCAUUGUCAAGCCCGCGCAUGGCGAGACUAUGCGCCUUUCUGAUGUGAAUAGUAAUCAGAGCUACCGAAUUUCAGGGAUUGCAUACGAUGGUGGUGGUCAUGAAGUCCAGAGGGUAGAGGUCAGUUUAGACGGCGGGGAGACGUGGCUAUACUGUGUUCGAAAGUUCCCUGAAUAUCCAGUCCGUCAUGGGAGAAAGUUCUGGACGUGGAUCCAUUGGCAUGUGGACGUUGGAUUGUCACAUCUUGUUCGAGCUGAGAGCAUAGUCGUCCGCUGCUUCAACGUCUUCAAAAACACACAGCCAGAAAAGCCCGCAUGGAACAUAAUGGGUAUGAUGAACAAUUGUUGGUAUACCGUGCGCCCGGAGAUUGUCCACGAUGGAGAGUCUGGUAGCAUAACGCUUUACUUCCGACACCCAUGCGAACCUGGGACUGGAAAGGGAGGAUGGAUGCAGCCCUCGACGGAGAACCAGAUUGAGAAAAUCAAACAUGAAGUGGCAUCCCCACAGAAGCAGUUCACGCGCGAAGAGAUUGAAAAGCAUAAAAAAGAAGAUGACUGUUGGAUCGUCAUCAACGGCAAGGUCUACGAUGCCACGAGCGUGCUUGAGUGGCAUCCUGGUGGCAAGGCACCGAUUAUGGCGCAUGCAGGCAAGGUGCAUUUUGAUACCACCGACGAGUUUGAAAGCAUUCAUGACGAUUAUGUAGUUAACGGUAACUAA